AUGAAUAAGAUUUGGAUUCAGAAGAAUGAGAAGGGUUCACAGACUGCAGUGAAUCAUGAACAAAUUUAUAAUGGUGGAAAGUCAUAUCCCUGUAGACACUGUAAAAUGGUAUUCACUUGUAAAAGUGAUCUGUCUUGCCACAAACGAAUUCACACUGGUGAAUUACCAUACAUAUGUAAAGUUUGUGGUACGGGUUUCAGUGAUAAGGGAAAUUUAACUUAUCAUGAACAAACUCACGCUGAUGGAAAACAAUACAAAUGUAUAUACUGUAACAAGGAAUUCACUAAAAAAGCCAUCUUAAUUCAGCAUGAAAGAUGUCACACAGGUGAAAAACCAUUCAUCUGUACACAUUGUCAAAAAGCCUUCUGCCAAAAAAGUCAUCUGAUUUCUCACAACAGGAUUCACACUGGGGAGAAGCCUUACCAGUGUACUUAUUGUGAGAAGAGAUUUAGUCAAACGAGUAAUCUCCGUUGUCAUGAAAAACUUCAUUUAGUCCCAAAGCCGGAGGGUGUCAAUAGAAAAGCGAACAACAAUCAACAAAUGAAGACUCAUGAAAAGCCAUACAAAUGUAAAUAUUGCAAGAAAGCUUUCAGGCAAAAAGUCAACCUCACUACGCAUGAAAGAACUCACACUGGUGAAAAACCAUUCCAAUGUAAACUUUGUGGGAAAAGCUUCAAUCAGAAAGCUACCCUGACUUACCAUGAAAGAAUCCACACAGGUCUAAAGCCUUACAAAUGUACACAUUGCCAGAGAGGUUUCAGUCAGAAAAGUCAUCUAAUUGCUCAUGUAAGAACUCAUACAAGUGAGAAACCAUUUCAAUGUACACAUUGUGGCAGGGCCUUCACACAGAAAGGAACUCUCACUGUUCAUGAAAAAAUACACACGCGUGAUAAACCUUACAAAUGCAAGAAGGAUAGGAUUACAAAUAAUAAAUGUUCUAAUGGUGUGAGAAAACAAUCAACUGAAAAAGUUCAUACAGGAACACCUUCACAGUCAAAAAGACUCGCUGACAAUAAAAUAAAAUGCCAUGUAGAAAAUUCAAAUAGGAACACAGGUUCUCUAAAGAUGAUUGCACAACCAUCCCAGAAAUCCUAUGUAGCUAAUGGUCAGAGUGCUAUAAGGUGCUGCCCAUAUACUUCCUGCUUGGAAAGAGUUUCGAAACGACCUGGAGUUAUUGAUCAAGGGGAUAUGAUGAAACUAUCUACUGGUAAUGUAACUGCGGAAGACAAAGACCCUUGCGCACUUUUGAAGAUCAUAAAGAUGGGUGAUCAUAUCGAUAGCAAAAGCAGCAGUAGCAAGCACAAAAAAAAGAAAAAGAAGAGUAAACGAAAAAAACAAGAGCUGCAUAUGAGCCCAAGAAAUACACUCGUUGUACAGCACAGUAAACAAAGCACAAUGAAUUGUCAUCCUGUUUCCUUCACAAGUACUACACUUGACACAGCUACAGUGAUUCAUGAGCAACGUUCAUCCAGGGAAGGAAGGAAAGUGCAUAAGGCAUAUCUUUGUAAAAAGCAAAAAGCAAUAAAUAGAGUAUUCACUCACUGCAGUAUCAGAAAUGACAGUUCACAUUCAUUGAGUGAUGAAUCAACGAAAUACUGUUACAUUAAUGACUUACAGAAUCAAUCUAGUUCUAAAAAAAACCCCCAGUGUCAGAAUUAUGGAAUGAUGCAUCUGAAAAUAGAGUUGGAACUGUUUUGGAAGGUUUGGGUGCAGACAUUUAUGAGGAACAUAAUUAUUCUAUGA